CCGAUUACACACGUAUUGUAUUUACUCACCUUUUUAUUCUUCCCAUUCCCAAUAUCUCUCUAUUCAAACCGUCGCAAUUAUUUCCUCAAUUUCUUCAUUUUUUCCCAAAUUAUUGGAAGUUUUGGGUCAAACAAGUUCACAAAUACAUGGUGGGUUCGCCGAGACAAGGCCUGCCUUCAUGGAUAGGAUUGGCAACAGCUACCAAAAAAGUUGAAUUAGAUAAAAACAUGCUCAAUGAGGCGCGACAACCGUCCCGGAAUUCCAAUGUUUCUGACGUCGAUUUGAGUUUUGGGGAGAGGGCGUUAUCUGCCGCCGCCGCCGCGGUCAUUUCCGCCGCCUUCACCAACCCUCUCGAUGUUGCCAAGACAAGGCUGCAAGCUCAAGCCGCUGGAGUUCAGUAUGGUGGAUUAUGCGAGGCAGAAUGCUCUAGAAACAUGAUGCUACAAGAUAGGAGCUUUACGCCGUCAGCCACUCAACCAAAGUGCACUCCGGACUGCACGCGUUAUAGUGGAACAUUGGAUGUGUUAUACAAAGUGAUUCGGCAGGAAGGAUUCUCAAGAUUGUGGAGAGGAACUAAUGCUAGCCUAGCACUGGCCAUUCCCUCAGUGGGAAUCUAUAUGCCACUAUAUGAUAUUCUACGCAACCAUAUGGAAGAGCUUACAUCUCACAAUGCUCCAACCAUGACGCCAUAUGUUCCCCUACUCGCUGGAUCCUUAGCACGCUCAGUAGCAUGCAUUACUUGUUACCCUAUUGAGCUUGCAAGAACACGCAUGCAGGCAUUCAAACAUAUGCAAGUUGACGUGAAACCUCCUGGACUCUGGAAAACUUUGACAGGUGUUGUCUCUCCAGUCAGGACUGCUAAUAGUUGUCAACCUUUUCAAAGCUACCGCACAUUAUGGACUGGCCUUGGAGUGCAACUUGCACGUGAUGUUCCAUUUUCUGCUGUCUGUUGGUCAUCUCUAGAGCCACUCCGAAGAAAAUUUUUGAGCAGUAUAGGCGAGGAAGCUAGUGCUUCCAGUGUAUUGGGUGCCAAUUUUGGUGCUGGUUUUGUGGCUGGAACCCUUGCUGCAGCUGCCACAUCUCCUCUAGAUGUUGCAAGGACCCGCCAGCAAAUCGAGAAGAAUCCAACUCGAGCCUUAAACAUGACUAUACGAAAAACAUUGACUGAAAUUUGGAGGGAUGGAGGCAUUAGAGGGUUGUUUGCGGGCGCUGGUCCCCGAGUCGUUCGAGCAGGGCCGUCGGUUGGCAUCGUGGUUUCUUUUUACGAAGUUGUCAAGUACGCGCUGCAUCAUAGAGAGUGAACAGAGUAAUAAAAGCCCAUAAUGCGAAAGAUAUACAGAAUAGUUGUUUCAUGUCUCGUUGAAACGAAUCCUUACCUCAUACCGCCAAUAAAUGAGCCUUAUUUUACAAAUUUGGCCCUGUGUGUUACAUAGAUUUGACUUCACUGGAGAAGAUAGCCACAAAAAAUAUUUGAGUUUCAAUAGCAAAUAAAUAUAUAAACAGUGUACUAGUAUAAUUUUUUAAUUUUUUAAAGUAAUGUUGAAAAUU